GAUGGCAAAAAAGUUAGCGUCCAAGGUACAAAUAGUUCCUGCUGUUAAAGACACAAGUAGCGGGUUGAAGCACAAAUGUGAGGGGGCCUUUCCGAGUUAGUUGCUUCGUGUGGAAGUCGUGUUUCAUCCAAGAGGAGCUGGACGAGAGAACUAGCUUGUUUUACUCAGAAGCAUGGCAGAGCCACAGCGGAAAGGAGAGCCGCUGCCCGAAGAUGUUGGCACCGAUGACUGCCUGGCUUCAUACACACACGUCUACAGUCCAGAUCUGCUGAAGGAUCAGGUUGCUUUUAUUACAGGUGGUGGAUCUGGCAUUGGACUCCGGAUAGCCGAAAUCUUCAUGAGGCAUGGCUGCGACACAGUGAUUGCAAGCAGGAACUUGGACAAGCUCAAAGAGGCAGCUAAAAAGCUGUCUGCAGCGUCCGGACGCCGCUGCCUCCCCAUGUGUCUGGAUGUGAGGAAGCCUGAGAGCAUCGCAGCUGCUGUGGACCAGACGCUGAAAGAGUUGGGACGCGUAGACAUCCUCAUUAACAAUGCUGCUGGAAACUUCCUCUGCCCGGCUACCUCGCUCUCCUUCAAUGCCUUCAAGACGGUAAUGGAGAUCGACACCAUGGGUACAUUCAACACCAGCAAGGUGGUUUAUGAGAAGUGGUUCCAGGCUCAUGGUGGCAACAUAGUAAACAUCUCUGCAACACUUGGAUACAGGGGACAGGGCCUCCAGGUGCAUGCCGGCUCUGCUAAGGCUGCAAAUGAUGCCAUGACUAAGCACCUGGCUGUGGAGUGGGGGCCCAGUGGGGUGAGAGUCAACGCUGUGGCGCCAGGUCCUGUCUCUGGCACGGAGGGCUUCCGCAGACUGGGUGGUCCCAGAGGGGAGGCUGCUGGUGCGUUCCAGUCCAUUCCUUUGCAGCGAGCCGGCAACAAGACGGAGAUGGCCCACUGCACUCUUUUCUUGGCCAGCCGGGCCUCCUCCUAUGUAACCGGAGCCAUCCUGGUGGCGGACGGCGGAUCGUGGCUGACCUCGGCCAACGACGUCUCCAUGCUGCUGGGUAUAGUCUCUAAAUCUGCUAAACUCUGAACAGGGGCUCUGUUGUCCUCCUGACCCAGGUUAUUGGUCAUCUGAAAAGAAAGUGGACAAGUAAAUGCUGAAAACAGAGUAAUUUAGGCCAUCUGUAGAACUGAUCAUGCUACAUGUCCAGUGUUUGUGGUUUAUCUCACCCACUGCUGCUUCAAGAGUGUAUUGCUAAGUGCCAGGAGUUGAACACUAACAUACUGUAUACCUACUGUAUUAUGUGUUUACAAUCUUAGUAAUAAAUCAAUUUAUAUAACAAUUUGGUGAUUUUUUUUUUAAUUUUUUUUUUUUAACCCAUUACACUGCUGUGUAUUGUCAUGCUUUUCAUGUAAUGUGAUUUUUCAGUACCUCUGAUUUAUUAAU